AUGAUUCAAGAAGGAUCAUCCUCAGGGAUCCUUGUUGGUACUUUCCUAUUGAGCAUCGUAUCUUUCCUCCUCCUGGCACUAUUCCUCUUCCUCUCUGUCGGUAUCACCUACGGCAAACUCCUCCAUUACAAGGAAAUACACCAAGAGAGCCGGACCUUUCACUGGUACCGGGCCAUUGUUCGGGCGACCCUGGGACCCGGAAAAAGAGCUCAGUGGACCUGGAAGACCAGUCCCAACUCUGUUUACCUACCCAUGUUCGGUCCAUUAUUUGAAGACCUGCGGGGCCCACCAAAGUAUAUGCUCUCUCAGAUCUCCCGAGGAAACCCACAAAAGCCGCCCGCCGGUGACAGAAUAAUGGCCUCUGACGACGAAACGGAAGACGCCGAGGCGACUUGCGUUCAGAAACUGUUUGGUGUUCUCCGAAUUUACUACACGUUUCUCGAAUCGAUGAAACGGUUCUAUCUAGGGUUUGUCGCCGGCGCUUAUUCGAAGAAUUGGGCCUCAAAAACUCCCAUCGUCGUCUUACUCUGUAUCGCCUCGUUCCAGCUCUUCUUUCUGGUUCUGAAGAAGCCGUUUAUUAAGAAAAAGGUUCAACUGGUGGAGAUUAUUUCCCUUUCCGGCGAGGUGGGGAUUUUCGCGACUUGCUUGGUUCUCUCAGAAAAGGGAUUUACGAUCGAGGGCGAGAUGAAGGUCGGGAUCUUUAUGAUUUUGCUGUCCUUUGUUGCCUUUUUGGCGCAAUUAAGCAAUGGAUGGUACGCUUUAUACGAACAGACAAAGCGGCUUGACCCAGAUGGCUCUUUCCUAUUAGGCCUAAAAAUGGCCGCAGUUGGGCUUCUUCUGCUUUUCCUUACACGCAACACGACGAAAAAAUUGGAGAACCGGGCGAGCUUUAGCAAAGAUAGGAGUGGACCCGGGACCGAUCCUUCUACGAGUCGGUCCCGAUGGGGUGGUUUUUGGAGUUGUGGCGAGGGUGGGAGCCGGGCCGGAGCUCCCCCGGUCGAUUUUAAGUUGAAACCCAAGGACUUGUACAAGGAUUUGAAAGACAUGUUUGCUUCUAGGUGA